AGAAGGUACAUUAUUCAUUUGUUUUUCAAAUCAUGGAAGAAACAUCGAUUACGACAGCUUCAGAAAGUAGCCCUGUGACCCAGGAAGAAACGCUCUACACUGUCGUUGAAGAUCUUGCAGCUGAUUAUGUCAGUUACGCUAAAUUUGAUUCUGCUAAAGAGAAAGAAAAAUUCAAUGAAAAUAUUGAAGAAAUGCUGGCAAAGUUGGAAGAAUUUUGUGGUAUGGUUGAUGCGAUUAGAGCAGACAAUAAUAUAUGCCUAACAGAAACUCUACCCAGAAUACAGAAGAAAUGUUUACAAAUGCAAGAAAUAUUUGAGAGAGUAGACAAAUUAGAGGCAUUUGUAGGGGUAGUGAAAGGCAAUGUAGCUGUUCUAGAAGAAUGUGUCAACAAAGCAGAGGAUGAAAUGGGCUCCCUGAGUGGUCUGAAAAAAAUGUUGUCUUCCUUUGUUGGACCAAAGAAACCAGUUUCAAAGUCAGAUAAAAAAGCUGUGUUUGAACCUCCAGAAAUAUUCAGUACCAAAGACUAUUUUCCACAACCUCAGGGGAGCAAUCAGACUGAAGAAGGAGGGUCUGCUGAGAAGUGACAAACUUAAAGUCGUUCAUCUACAUUCCAUUGUCAGACGUACCUCAUAAAUAUCAAACCUUUGAAUUGAAUGCUGUAAAAGUGCUAAAGUUAUACUGAAGAAAUCUGACUCAGGACAGGGACCCUAUAAUGUUCACUAUAUCUGUCUUUCCGUCUGUUCACAAGUUUUGAGUGCUAUUAGUGAGAUAUUUUUAUGGAACUUUAAUCGUUAUUGAAGGCUAAUUUUUCUUUGGGUAUAUUUCAUGAUAGAACUCAGUAAAGCUGUCUGUUUGUCUCUUUGAAAUUUAGGGAUUUGCCUGACACAGUGGUUUAUGAGCUAUAUGCAAGUAAUGAACCCUACCUUAGGUCAUUGGUGCUAGGCCAAGGUCAUAUGUACAAAGUCAAGGUCAGUGGGUGACAAAAGCUUGAUUUUUAAAUUAUAUGAUGUAAUGCUCAACAAGGCCCCUGUCUAGCUGGUUAGUUUUCUGGCAACAAGGCCCCUGUCUAGAUGGUUAGUUUUCUGGCAACAAGGCCCCUGUCUAGAUGGUUAGUUUUCUGGCAACAAGGCCCCUGUCUAGCUGGUUAGUUUUCUGGCAACAAGGCCCCUGUCUAGAUGGUUAGUUUUCUGGCAACAAGGCCCCUGUCUAGAUGGUUAGUUUUCUGGCAACAAGGCCCCUGUCUAGCUGGUUAGUUUUCUGGUUGUAAUUGAAAUAAUGUUCACUAUCAUGCAACACUAUUUUGAAAAUUAACGUAGUUCCACCCUCCUGUGACGUCAUAAGAUUUCGCAAAGUCAAUGAUUUAAUAAGAUUUAUGCAUGACAGGAGCAUAAAUUUUGUUGGAGUCUUUUUCAAUAGUUAUUGUAAAAAAUAUUGUUAACCAUGAAAUAUUUCCAAAGUCUAAGUUAUAUAUGAAUAAGCAAUUACAUUAUAUGUUUCAAAAUAAUGAAUCCAAGGGCAAUAACCCUGCUUUCAUUAAAUUAUUUAUCAAGUCCAUUAUGGAACAGAUUUCCUUUAUUUUUUACAAACAUUCUGUAUAUUUUUUAAAGAAACAGUUCAUGAAAUUGUUAUGAAUACUCUUAUAUCGUUUCAACUAGUUUUUAAGAAAUUUUGAUAAUGCUGUUUAAGGAGAAUUGCAAUUUUCUGACGUUGGUAACAGGUAUAUAUGUGUGCUGAUUGAUAAAAUAUUUACUAAUUAAUACUGCAACAUACUUAUUUUAUCAUUUUUUAUUUGUUACUAAGAUGUAUUAGUUGAAGAAUCAACAAUCAAACAUAAGGAGUGAGAUCAAAAGAUGGAUGUCGGAUAAAAAUCUAAAUUCAAAUAGUUCGGGGGAGGGGGGAUAAAAUCUCCCGUAAGUUUCUGUCAUCCGACAUGGAUUAUACACUUUAGUGGGGGAAAAAGACAAGUGACUGUUAAAAACCACAUAAUAGUAUUACAUUUUAAUGAACAUUUAAUAGUUUCAUGUACACUUUCAUUUGUGAAUAAACAGUAGAAAAGGUAUACAGAGCGUUAUUCAUAAUCGUAUAUUUUUACUUAUUAAUCGAUUAAAUUCAACAUUCAUCAUAUUUAGUUUUAAAGGGGGAGGGGGGGGGGGGUCUUGGUAAAAACUAUGUGAAUUUAGCUUUUUGUCAGACAUUGAACAUUUGAUCUUGCCCCUAAGAUAUUUAUAUCAUUUUCUAUGUUGAGUUUUUAGUUUACCUGAGCUGAAGGCUCAAGUGAGCUUUUCUGAUCACCCAUUGUCUGUCGUCCGUCUGUCUAUAAACUUUUCACAUUUUCGACUUCUCCAGAAUCACUGGGCCAAUUUCAGCCAAACUUGGCAAAAAGCAUCCUCAGGUGAUGGGCUUUCAAGUUUGUUGAAAUGAAGGGCCAUACCCCUUUCAAAGGGGAGAUAAUCACAAAAAGGCAAAAAUAGAGUGGGGUCAUUUAAAAAUCUUCUUUUCAAGAAGAAGGGCCAAAAGAGCUGAAAUUUACAUGAAAGCUUCCUGACAUAGUGCAUAAAAAUUAAAUUUCUUGUUUAUUUUUUCAACACAAUCAGUCGGACUAGUAAGCUGUCAUUUUACCCGACCGGACCUAUCAUUUAGUAGACUCGGUCAGUCAGACGUGCCUUAGUGUCAAACCCUGAUUUACAUGAAAGCUUCUUUACAUAGUGCAGAUUCAAGUUUGUUAAGAUUACAGUCCUCGAGGGUAGGGUGAGGCCACAAUAGGAGAUCAAAGUUUUACAUACAAAUAUAUAAGGUAAAUCAUUAAAAAUCUUCUGAAGAAUCACUGGGCCAGAAAAGUUUUCAUUUACAUGAAAGCUUCCUGACAUAGUGCAGAUUCAACUUUGUAAAUAUCAUGGUCCCAGGGGUAAGUUGGGGCCACAAUAAGGAUCAAAGUUUUACAUGUGAAUAUAUAUAGGGAAAAUCUUUAAAUAUGGGCCAAGGUGACACAGGUGAGCAAUGUGGCCCAUGGGCCUCUUGUUUUCUGUAGUCUUACUUGAACCAGUAUAAUACAAAGUGCAAUAAUACAAGUCUAUAUUUUGACCAGAUGUUUGUGAGUACAUAUGUACCUGUUCUUGGAUGUUUUAUUGGUUUAAUAAAAAAUUAUUCACAAUA